AUGGAAGACAAUGACUUGGGCAAUCCGCAGCUGGCGGAAGAGCCAUUGGUAUGGAGGCACCCGCAGGAGCCCAUCCUGACCGUCGAGGGCUCCACGCAUUUGGUGUUUCUGCAAGGCAAAUAUCCGUCCAAAGUAGCUUAUCGCGAAGGCCAGGGAACUAUUUUGUUCUGGGACCUUGGCUAUCUUUGGGAUGUUUUUCGUGAAGAAGCUGAAGAGCGUCAAAGCUCCAAAUUUCUCAACGACUUUAAACGCCUUGCCAUGUGUGAUGAGUUGGAGAAUGAGCUUCACAUUCGGGGCAAGGUGGACAGGCCAAAUGCUUUGAGCGCAAACUGUGCGGCAACUGGUUUGGUCUUGACAUACUUAAGUCGAGUGGCUGAUGUUACGCGCACUACUUCGAAAAUGCAAUUAGCUUUGGGCUACCUCAGGUUCGUCGUUGGACUGGCUGUGGACUUGUCUUGGGAAAAUAGGGGCUUGGACCUGGGUGACAUGGUAGAUUCAGCUGGAAUGGUCACCAAUUUCCAACAGCUUCUUCGGCAAAAGCAUUUAGCCGUGGUGGACGCGUGGAGACAGCAAUGGGAGUCCAUGAGGGAGCAGUUGUCCACGUCUUGGCCAGAGGGCAAUGAUCAGCCCUUGCCUUUGCUGGAUGUAGCCAUGUUUUUGACUUUGGCCAAGAGAAUCAGAAGAUCCCAAGGAAAACAACGCUGGAAGAAGAUAAGCGGUGAUUUAGUGGAAUCAUUGUUGAAACAGCUUCUGAAAGGUCUUGCAGAUGUUCUCCACAUAAAGAUUCUUACGAAUUUGCAGCUCUACCGCGCUGGCCCUGAUGUGCAGCUCCCUUCGCGCAGAUAUUCCAGGCAACUCGAAGAAGCGGAUGAACAAGCAAUUGUGGGAGAGAGCGGUGCCAUUGGAAACAGUCCUGGCAAGAAGGUUACCAAACGAUUGCAUCCCAACGAGGUGUGGGACUUGGUAUGUCAAGCUCAAGAUGAGCACCUUAGCUUGCAUCGGUUGGCCAAAGUGAAACGCGGCCGCAACACAAUUGUUACUGUAGCCUUUGAUCCUCUCUUGAACACUGCGGGAUUUGCCCCGUGCCAAGCCCUGUCAGCAGCCAAGUGCGUUGGCCCUGGCGAGUUCGAUGUCGAAGAUGAUGUUGAGCGGCUUCUGGCUAGACGAGAAGCGGACCGUGUAAGCAGCUACCGGCUGCUCCAAUCGUUGAGCUACCAGAUCUACCUCAUCACAGCUGGGAACUUGGAUUUAGAAUGUUUUCAAGUACCAGUGACCUUCAGCAAAGCCCUCCAACGAAUGAAGCCUGGUUGGAGACGAGUGGUGUUAAACAAUGGCAACCUCAGAAUCUUGUUCUCAGAUGGCAGCUCGGAGAUCUUUGAUGUGAACAUGGCAGUGAACACUUUGCCAUCGCUAACUGUGAUGCAAGACCAGGGAUCUGUCGGCGCAGCAGGAUUUGCGUUUCUGCUGGACCAAGGGUUCAUGAUACACACAGAGUUCGACAAAUUCCAUCGCCUGCAACGGGACAUGAGAUUGAGCCAGGAGCGGUCUGCCCAAGCUUGCUUGAUGCAGGCUCAGGCUGCAUCUCAGUACUGGUUUGGGGUGAACUACAAACCCUAUGGCAGUGGAGCCUUUUUUGUUGAAAAAACAGAGGCGCUACAAACCUUUCUCCGUUCCGUUUGUGUUGAUGACGAUGUCGUCCAGGAAUACAUUGACCGCGUUGGCGCAGACUUCCAAAUGCCUACUGUCACGUUUGAAGAUCAGCAAGCUGUCUUGGAUUCUUUGUGGCAAAACCUUGUUUCGUGGAGGCUUAAGUCUGAAGCUCCCGAAUCGAGCAGGUGGUUUUCGUGGCUAUCUGCUGCGCAUCUCCAAAUGAGAGAAUGGUGGGCCUCACGUAUGGUAUUGCGGUGGUACUUGCCAGAAGCAGAGGAUCCUGACAGAGAAGACGCAAAAAAGUUUCAAGAACUGAAAAAGUCUGGAGUUGGCGGGCUCCACUUGGGAUUCCAAUGUUUAUCCGAAAGAUAUUGGGAGAAUUGCAUGAUUUUGUUGGUGGCGGGUAGGCCUCUGUGGUCUUACUACUCCGAGCAAGUCGAAGAAAUUCAAAAUGCCGAAGAUGGAUUCAAAUAUGCUUUGCACAUGGAAGCCAACUGGCAGGCAUGCGCUCAACUGGUGGAACUCGCCGCCUUGGUUUCUACAGCUGGAAAAGAUGAAUGGAAACCGGUUGCCAGAUGGGCAAUCGAUGAACAAGAUUUUUCCUCGAAAGCUUGGACUUAUGUGGUUGACCUUUUGGAGCACAGGGCAGGAAGUUUGGCAAAACAUUCCUCGGGGUGUGCAGCCUAUGCUUCGCUGGUGGAAGGGUCUGCCGCUGGCCUGUGCAAAUUCAAAACAGAUUUCUGCUUACUCUUGAGCCUCGAAGGAUCAACCGCAGACUCUGGCUCUCUGCUGGAAGACCUACUUUUGGUUUUUUCCGCGCCCCUACGUUUGGUGGCAACUGCGCUUGAAGUCCAUGGUUGGGAGCUUUCUGCGAGAACUGUGCCUGCUGUGCAGAUGCUUCGCUCGAUGGUCUUCAGUGUUCCAGACAGCAAAUUGAUUGAAGAUGUGCACCAGAGGUUACGAAACGCUCAAAAGGCUCGACCAAAUGACAGAAUGACGCCCGCGUGUGUGCAGCAAAUCUGCAAUCAUUGCAAUGUGUUGGACAGCAGGAAGAUUCGACACGGCCCAGUCAUCACAAGGAAGGUAUUUUUGGAAAACCUUCGCAAAACACAUCGCCAUUUCCAGCCUCGCAAGCAUGGCAGACCGCGCAAUCACAAACUUCAUGCGAAAUUUGGUCACAUCAUGAUCAUCAUGAAGAACCGAACUUGGCCUGCUCUCACAGAACCAGCUUUGGUUAGAUCAUCUGCUGCUUGGUCUUGGUUGCGUUACUACUCAGCAGAAAAGCUUCAGGAUUCGAUGAUUCGCAUCAAGGCUGGCCAGCUGAAUCUGCUGUGCUUUACUGGUCUCGUGAUCAACCGUGUAGAUGAUGCAGCUGGUCGCUAUUACUUGAUUCUGAACCAGCAUCAGUGGAGCACAUUGGUCUGGCCCCUGAAGGUGAUUGACAACAUUGAUGUCCACCCUCGUUGGACUUGGCGCUAUUGUUUCAACCCAGACUUGCAAGUUCAAUGGCUUUGCGUCUUUGACCCGGAGUACUAUGAAGUGCAACCGACGAAGGCCUGGUGGUGUGAUGAGCAAGGCUUAGUCUUGGUGCAGACUGGUGAUCCCCAGCCUUUGGUCAAAUAUGUCUUGUUGGAGAAAACAAAGGAGCUCACAAACAAGUCACUGCAACUGAUUGCCGAAGGCAUGGGGAUUGAGAAACCGCAAAAAAUGACUCGAACAAGUCUACAGAUCUUAGCGGGGCAGCAAGGCAACAGCUUCUAUGUGGAUUCGGUGCUUGAAAGGGAUAGCAAAGAUAAACCACAGAAACAAAAAAAUCCAGAUGAGUUCGCAGAUUUUGUGGAUGCGUUGUUCGGCCAGAUGGAUUCAGAUGAACGAGUAGAUUUUCUAGGCCUUCAAAAGACGAAAGAUGAAGACUCUCCUGUCCAAAAGAGGAAACAGUGGAAUAAGUGGCUCAAAGAGAAACUGGCAGAGAAACAGGCUAAGAAAGCGAAGCGGCAGGCCAAAGCAAAGGCCAAAGGCAAAGCGAAAGCCAAGAGCGCUCGCAAACGUAAGAGAGAUGAUGAGGAUGAUUCUGCCCAUCAUGAUGAUGAUGCAGAUUUGGCUCGUCCAGAUGCCGGUGUGUCAGUGUCUGACUGUGGCGGGCAAGAGCCAGAGCAACUUGGUUCUGCUUCGCCCCAGCAGAAAGAUUCUACUGCAGAUGGUGGUUUUGACUUUGGUCCUGCAGCGAGUGAAUCGAAUCAUGAACUUGUGUCUGUGGGCAUUGAUGCAGUUGGUGGGUUGGAGCCAUCCUCUUCGGCCAGCGCUGCACCAGCGAGCCCUCCGCAACAUUUUGCAGAACAUGAACAGGAAUCAGUGGAUGAGAGGAUGGAAAUUGCACAUGAGCCUCAAGAACAGCCGGUGCAGGCGCCUGCAGCUGCUCCUGACCUUCAAGUGGAACCUGAGCACGCAGCGGCCCCGGAAGAACCACCUCAACCCGGGGCGCACAGGCAUGUUGGGCCAAAGGUGCACAGCACACCGGCUGAGAUCAUGAAGUUGAUUGAGCCUUGUGACAAGUUCCGAAUUUUUAUUGACAAGAAUGCUCACCGCUUCAAGGUGGAAACUCGGGUGAGUGAUGACAGGUUCAAUGUCGCUCCGUACAAGGGAAAGACUUUCAACCGUAGUUUUUUGAACUGUUCCUGGAGAUCGGCCUUGAAGCUUGUGCAUCAGCAUGCCUGGCUUAAAUGGGCUCUUGUGAGAGACACUUGGCCAUGCGACAAAGACGAGCAAGACCCAGGUGUAGUACCGGAGAAUGUCUACCAGGCAUUGGCUCCAAUUAUUGCUGAGAUGCCUCAAGCUGUCAAGUACCCAAGAAGCAGUUGA